AUGACAACAAGCCCAAGAACUGGUAGGCUACGAACUGUAGAUAUUUUAGAUGAUCCAUCAACAUCUCAGCUAUACCAGAAAAUAUUGCAACCAAGCUUAAGUGCAGUAAGCGUGCAGGCACAUCCAAACAGACAUGGUGUUCAGAUCCACAACUCAUUUGUACCCCAGCAAGUAUCUUCCAGCUCGUACAUCAAUCAUAUUAAAAAUCCAAAAUUAAAAUCAGAAUUUCGAACGACACAAAGUAGGUCAUUUCCAGAUAUUAAAAACUCAAGGAAAGGAUUUAAGGCGGAGUGUUCUAUAUAUCGUUACCAGCACAGUGAAGCUAACUUUCUGCACUCGGCAACUCCUCAGUCAUUCAGCUCUACAACAAAAGUUAAGCAGGUUCCCUUACCAUCGGUUCAAGGGACCGUCCUGGAGAGGGUAAUGUCCCAACGGAACGCUAGAUCUGUCACACUUGCCGGAGAGCGCUACCUAGGCACAGCUAAGCUGAGGCCUCAACAACGGAGCUUGUCGGCUGGAAGACUGCCACGAAGCGAGCAGGAAAAACGCUAUGUAAAGGAGCAAAUGGCAUUAGAAACGACACGUUCUAUGAAACGUAUGUCGGAGACAAUGUCGCAUCGCAUUGACCGGAUGUACUACAUGCGAGGAGCUACGAUAAAACCAGCACAACGUUACUAUGUAGACAGUGAAGAGCUUGAACAGUUGAAACAGAUGUCCAAAGCAAGAUCAGUGGGUCGUAGUGGUAGAUCACGUAAUGGAAGGCGUUACCAUGGUAACCAUUUGACCACAACACCUCCUCCUCCCGCACAGUCAAAUACAGGUGGUAAAAAGUGUGAUAAUCAAUGUGUUAGCGAAGAUGAUGGCGAUCAGCUGAGGGUGCAAGAAGUUGUUGCAUCCCUUUCAAAUCGUCCCGGAUCAGCAGCAUCAAACAAGAGCAGUGGAAGCCGUAGAGGGCAGCCUUCACCUGGAGUGCUCUUACCUGAAGGACAAAGUGUUCUUGGAACGUUUUCUGAGACAUCCAGAAAUAUUAACCAGCAGCAUGUAGAAGAAGAAGAUGCCAGGAGAAAGAAACCAGUUGACUUUGAAGAUGAGGAAAGUAUUGAGCCUUGGGGAGAAUUAGAAGAAAAGGUGGGAGAGAAUGUUGGAAGUGCAAACUCAAGAAAAACAAUAAGUGAUGCUCUCCCAAUAAAUAUAAUUGAAAAGAAUUAUAAGUCGAGCAGAGAGGAAAUAUUUCUGACCCAAUUUGAAGAUCCUUCGAUGAAAAAAAACUUGUUAGACAACAAAGAAAAUUUAGCUCAAGAUGAUAGACAUUCCCAUAGCAGUAGUAAUAGUAGCAUUCAAGGGGACAAGAAGCAGGAUAGAGAGAGCGAAUCAAAGAAAUUAAAGAACAGUAAAGAAAAAUUAACUGACCCUAAAGCUGAUAUGGUAUCAAGUGGACAACACAUUGUCACAAGAGAUAAUUCAUGUUCAGGGUCUAUAGAGGCAGCUAAUGAUAAUUCAUUGUCAAGUUCUGUGAAGAUAGCUAGUGAUAAUUCAUGUUCAGGGUCCAUAAAGGCAGCUAGUGAUGAUGAAUCAGAAACUGAUAUACAGGAUAGGAUUAGCCUUAAAGAUGAAGGGUAUGAAAUGAACACAAAUGAUGAAGAAAUCAAAAACAUGGAAGAUGGAAUAAGGAAAUUUGACACUAUCUCCAAUCAGAUGGGAAACAUAGGGCAUUUGGAGGAUUCUGAGGUUGGCAUGAAAGAUGAGGAAAUUGAAGAAAUCUAUGACAGCGGCGUAUUCAGCAGACCAAGAAAUGAGGAGGAAAUGCAAGAGGCAUUAGCGAGGAAAGAGAAUAGAAGAAAGGAAAAAGCAGCAAAGAAGAAACAAGAAGAUGAGGAAAGGCGACGGAAAGCAAUGCCGAAAGAAGAAAAAGCAGCAAUUUUGGCUGAUGUUUACACUUUCAUUUCACCACGGCAACAAACAAUCUUUGAAGAGAAAUUUCAAGAAUUGGAUGUCAACGACAAUGGCAUCUUGACCUUAGAUGAACUUCAAGAACGAAUGAAGAAAUGGGUGGGAAAGGAAGAUAUAAAAUUAAUCAUGCAGAUAUUUGACCUGAACAAAGAUAAGACAAUCGACGUCAGAGAGUUUGUAACAAUGGCAGCCUUGAAUGAUAAGAUCACAGGUCAUGUGACUGAGUCACCUGAUCAGCAGCUUGCUUUCAGCCUGAAAAAGCUGAGUCAUCAUGUUACUGCUUACAAGGAAAUGUUUGAUAUUAUGGAUGUUAAUGGUAACAGUCAGCUUUCCAUGGAGGAACUGAUGGUAAUUAUUGUGGCAUCAACCGGAUUGGACCUUCAAGCUGACCAGGAUGUUGUUAAAUACAUUUACGACACCAUCGACAAGGAUAAAAGUGGCUCCAUUGAUUUUGUAGAGUACCUAUCAUACAUUCCAUUCUUCUUGAAACUUUACCAGCACGUUUUUGGGAAACCAAUCUCUCUUGAUGUUAUUGAAGAUGCUUUGCAGUCUGUUAGACAACAUAAGUGGUGAAAGUUAACAAGGAAUUUAUUGAAAUUAUGGUGGAAGCUAACAAUGAAUUUAUUGACAUUAUGUCUAUCUUAAUGUAAUUCAAUAAUGUAAUAAUUCAAAGAACUCUAUUUGCCAUCAUUUUAUCAAAUAGAACAGUAACACAUCUUGGCUCUAUCAAUAUUCCCUAAUUGAGUAGUAUUGGUUUGCACCGUGAAUGGUUUGGUUGCCCAACCUUGGGAUCAGAACCCACUUAUGCUCCUGGAUAAGGGAAAUAUGUAUAAAUUUCCUUGGCCAAGAUCACUAAACAGGAGCCAUUCUCAGACCUAAAUUCUUGUUAGGUUCGCACUAGAGCCCUAGUAUCCGGAUCGGGAGCUAACCAUUAACACCCAUAUGAGAAUGCCCGAUUAGUUAGCGCUAACCAUUAGCACCCAUAUGAGAAUGCCCCGAUUGGUUAGCGCUAACCAUUAGCACCCAUAUGAGAAUGCCCGAUUGGUUAGCGCUAACCAUUACAGGGAUCUGGAUACACUAAUGCUUAGCAGGCGCUAUCGGUUAGCAUGUUGAGCGCGUUUCUUUCAUUAAACCAAUCACACAUACAUUUCUAAUUUCCGGUUGCCUAUUGGCCAGCCAUCUCACCUCAAUUUCUUGAUAUAUCUGGAUCGGGGAUUUUCUUGUAUGAACGCAAGGAUAAGCGCGUAUGUUAUUUAUCAGGAUCCUGCUAACCAUUGGCUAGUGUGUGUGAACAUUAUGGUGAAUGCAACGUCACAUGACGUGCACGCAACGGAUUGUUAUAAAUGACAAUUCGUUCAAGCCGUCACCGGCAAUCAGCUGAUGGCAUCGUGUCAUCUAAAGAUCACAAGGAGCUAAAUAGAUUCCUCAGCCGACUGUCAUCAUCUUGUCAAGCUUGAGUACUAACUCAAAAGCCUCAACAUCACUAUGGUGUGUAUCAAUACUGGAAAGAGCUCCAUCAAGAUGUUUUAUCUUUCUUGAUGGCCACAAUGGAAUAUGACUGUAUUUGAAUUUCUGUUUGCCGUGAUCAUAUUUCAUAUCAUAUGUAUUUCAAGUAAUGAUAUUAAAAAAUGAUACAAUAACUGCAUAAUUGGAAUUUUGCCAGACUGCAUGUGCAGCAAAUUCUACUCUUGUAUUCCAUACUGCUUACUAAAUAAUAAUAAUGAUGAUAUUGAUAAUAUAAGUAUGAAAUGAAUAUAUAACUGAAAUUUUGGCAGAUAUAUAAAGCUAGGGUAACUUUCUUCACUCUCGCAUAUUCUUCGUCCUUACCAUUACAUGUGUGCAUUAUCAAAGUAUGUCUUUGUAAAAAACAUUCUGUUUUCAUCUUUUUAUCUUUCUAGGAUUAUUUAAAAAGAUAAUUGUUGUCAGAUAUAGAAUAAUUGCUUUGCGCUCGUUUUCAUUUGGAAUGUAAUUCUUGUUUGUAUCUUAAAAUUUACCAUUUUUAUGCUUUGUUACGUAUAAACUGUUUGUAAUCUUUGUAAUCUGUGUCUAAUUUUUAAGACGUGAGAGAAAUGAUAAAAUCAUUAUUGUAUUCCUGCAUUAUUCCCUGAUCACGUCUACAAGAAAUAUUUGUCCACAACAAUUGCUGUAUUGUUUUAUGAUUUGAUGAUUUAUUAAUCCAUGAAGAACAACUAACAAGACGUAUCUAAUAAAACGAAGAACGAUACAAUUGUUUAAUGCAAGUAAUUGUAAAGCUUUUGAGGGAAAGAACAGGAACUAGCCAAGGUGGUGUAUCCGGUUCUCUAGCGGUGCUGACCUAUCCUUGUACUGUAUCUAAUAUCGUCAUAAGCAUUGAGUGUGGUUAAGUUGUUCCUCGAGUUUCUCUUGUGUUCGGUAGAUAAAAUUUACGUCAAAUCUUCUUUUGGUUUUGAUAUCAACAAAGACCCAAUAUCUGAUCACAGAAUGACUAAUAACUGAAUUAGUUUACCAUAGCUCUUAUCGGAUUGGUUGAAAGAAUCUGAACGUCAAAGUAGGGGAUUGAAACAUGGCAUAACAUUGAUAAAAUCUAUAGCCUUCGAUUAUUACGUUCACAUCACAUUCUCAAAUAAUUCGAUCACGAUUUUCGAUUUGAUUUUAAAAAAAAAUGAAGAAAAAUGGAAUUUAUUAUUAAUAUUGAAUAUGAAUACCAUGCAUGAUUAGUACAAAUUUAUAUAUUUUUGCAUGCGGUAUAAAACGGGGGGGGGGGGGCGAUGGGUUACUUAGUUCUCAAUUUCAAUAACGAUGCUUGCAUAACUUAAUCACUGCCAAAGCUUUUAUCCUAGAGACUCUAUUGAUUUCUUAAAUCUAUGCCUUUUCAUAAAAAUUGAAUGCCUACGGUAGCCUGCUAUACGGACGUUAAUGUAGCUCACUCAAUUUGACGUCAUUGUUUUGCGUAGAAUAUUUACCUACUGUGCACGUGUAUAUGAGGCUACGCGCGCGUAGUAUCGCAACCAAUCGCACGAUGGACAGCUCUAGAUUGUAAAUUUCAAUUUCUGGGGUGAGUAUAAAUGCAGUCCAACAUUAGUCGUGAUAUUGAUUUCCGAAACGAUGGCGUGCAUUUCGAUACUUCAUUUCGUAUGUAUUGCACUAUCUUAUCUCAUAUUAAUCAAUGGACCUUUCGGUUAAAAGUGUAUGCUCUCAUUAUUAAGUGUGAUAACCUAUGUAUAUGAUCAAGUUGAUAAUGUGUAAUUUCAUUGUUAAUCGAAUGAUUGAUUUAUCAUUAAUGUGUGUGUGUGUGUGUUUUUAAAAUUUCAUAUCAAAGAACUCUUAACGAAUUUUCUUCUAUUUUAUUUCAAAAGACAAUCCAGAUCUAAUAAAUAUGCACUGUUUGGGGUAA